AUCUCCUUGUCUCUGGUCUAGAAGUGCUCCUCCAGCACCGUCAGCACCACAGCGCUCCUGGAUGCUGCGCUGGAGUAUGUACGCAUGCGCACCACAGUGGAAUUACUGCACAUCGCUCUCUUAAGUUGGAUCUUCUCUGUCUUCACGGAAACCAGAAAACAUAAAAAAGUAUGGCCAUCUUUAGAAUAAGACAAAAGUGCUUCGUGCGCUUCUGGACGUUUUCCGUGAUCUUAGCCGUGGUGUGCGCGCAAAGUGUCAAUGAUCCAAACAAUAUGGCUCUUGUAAAAGAAACUGUUGAUAGACUAUUGAAAGGAUAUGACAUUCGCUUGAGGCCAGAUUUCGGAGGUCCUCCGGUGGGAGUGGGGAUGAAUAUAGACAUAGCCAGCAUAGACAUGGUCUCAGAAGUGAAUAUGGACUACACACUGACUAUGUAUUUCCAACAAGCCUGGCGAGACAAACGUCUGUCUUAUUCUGAGAUUCCUCUUAACCUGACGCUGGAUAACCGGGUAGCUGAUCAGCUGUGGGUGCCGGACACAUACUUCCUAAAUGACAAGAAGUCUUUUGUACAUGGUGUAACAGUGAAGAACAGAAUGAUCCGUCUCCAUCCAGAUGGCACUGUGCUUUAUGGUCUCAGGAUUACGACCACAGCCGCCUGCAUGAUGGACUUGCGCAGAUACCCGCUUGAUGAACAGAACUGCACGCUGGAAAUCGAGAGCUACGGCUACACCACAGAUGACAUCGAGUUUUACUGGCGAGGAGGAGACCAUGCAGUGACAGGGGUUGAAAGGAUAGAGCUCCCUCAGUUCUCCAUAGUGGACUACAAGCUCAUCUCUAAAAACGUGGUGUUUUCGACAGGUUCAUAUCCUCGCCUCUCCCUGAGCUUCAAGCUUAAGAGAAACAUCGGCUACUUCAUUCUGCAAACCUACAUGCCUUCCAUCCUAAUCACCAUCCUGUCCUGGGUAUCCUUCUGGAUCAACUAUGAUGCCUCGGCUGCCAGGGUUGCUUUAGGAAUCACCACUGUGCUGACCAUGACCACCAUCAACACACAUUUGCGGGAGACGCUUCCAAAGAUCCCAUAUGUCAAAGCCAUUGACAUGUACCUGAUGGGCUGCUUCGUCUUUGUCUUCCUGGCUCUGCUGGAGUACGCACUGGUCAACUACAUCUUCUUCGGAAGAGGACCGCAGCGGCAGAAGAAAGCUGCAGAGAAAGCCUCCACAGCCAACAACGAAAAGAUGAGAAUGGAUCCCAACAAAUGGUUGGUGGGAAAUGUAGUUCAGAGAGACGAUGCUCUGUAUGCCAGAAUGAAACAGAGGGAUAUUGACGCGCAUGACUCCAUGUGGGAACCCAUCUUUGUGGAUGAUGCAGCAUUAGGACUAGGCAAUUCAAAAAAUAAGAUGGACCCCCAUGAAAACAUCCUUCUCAGUCCUCUGGAGAUCAAGAAUGAAAUGGGCACAUCGGAGUUGACCCUGGGUUUGGGUGACCCCCGUGCCACCAUGCUGGCCUUCGACAGCUCCUCGCUGCAGUAUCGCAAAGCCGGCCUGGCCAGACACAACUUUGGACGCAAUGCGCUUGAACGCCACGUGGCUCAGAAGAAGAGCCGACUACGACGGCGCACUUCACAGCUUAAAAUCACCAUCCCUGACUUAACUGACGUCAAUUCAAUCGACAAGUGGUCGAGAAUGAUCUUCCCCACCGUAUUUUCCUUCUUCAACGUCGUCUAUUGGCUUUAUUAUAUCAACUAACUGGAUUCUCGUCCGUCUGAGAAGCGCCACUUAUUUUUAUGUCAGAUUUUGCAAUACAAGCAGGACUUAUGUUGACAAAUUCAGAUCAGGACUAAUUCUCUUUACCUUGGGCUCAGUUUAAUUGCUUGCUGACACUGAUACUCUAAAGAGGUUAAGUACACUGGUGCCUGCUCCAAAAAAUCAGUCAUUUUCAGUGCGCUUAGGCUUUUUUUUUUUUUUUUUUUUUUUUAAUUGGUUUAUUUUAGGACAAGAUCUGUUUUGUUGCCAAAUUAUCAAAACAGUUACUGCUGCAAAUGAGUUAUCUUUAUAUUAUCAAAAAUAAAAAUAAUAAUAAUAAUCAAAGGCAAAACAUGGACAUCCACAGUUCUUUCUCCUUUAGCCGUUUCUAAGAGAGCAGCACUCGAUAAUUUAAUAUUUAUAUACAUUUAUUUGUAAUCUCAUUGAGUAAAGAGACUCUAAUGAAUAGUUUUAACGUAAGGCUGUAUUUUCUACUUCUCUACUCACAGAUGGUUUAUUUAUUCAAUAGAAUUUAUUAUACACUUUUACGUAACCUCAUUUAUUUUGAAAAAACUUUUCACUCAAAUUAUGUUCUCUGAAUUUUAUCCUCACUCCUUAGCCGGCUUUAUAUUUCCACGAUGCUUGAAUUAUGUUUGAUUUCUUGCUUUGGAAAAUGAAGGCAUCACUAAUAAUAACACAAUCCCAAAUUUAAUAGCACUCAUAGACUUAUUGACAUUGACAUUCAUUGACAUUCAGCUGUAAAGCGCAAUGCUUAUUGGCUAAUAGCAGGAACAGAGGCAGAGGAACAUUCACAUGCAAAUUUAAGAUGCACAAGUUUAUGAUGCUUUUUGGAAUGCACCCCAGCUAAACUUUGACAUCUUGGGCCAGUUUUACUAACAGCUUACGCCAGCACAAACCGUCUUUUGGUGUUAAAAUAGCUCUGAAUAGGCAUGGACAGUUAUUAGCAGUUAUUAUAAUAAGUAUAUGGUACGUACAUGCAGAGCAGGACUGUAAAAUAAAGUGCUACCCAGAUUAUUUAUAUUACACCAUUGAGACAUUUUGAGCACCUAACUUAACCCUUACUCCGAAACAUAACCAUUUCUCAAUAUAAAACAGUAUAAACACUGUUUUUGACUAUAGUAUAAUCACGAUAAUUUAUUUUGAAAAAAAAAAAAAAUAUACAUAAUUUAAGUCUUAGGCCAAAUUAUAGCUUUGUGUGAGGAACAGACCCAAAGCUGAUCACCGCAGGUAAAUCUGGUAAUGACAGACAUCCCGUGAACAGAACUUAUAACAAUUCACAACUAAUAACACAUUAUUUCAGACACAUAACUCGAAGAUCAGAGCAGACAAUACAGGAAAUCUGGGAAACCUCCUUUACUUGUAUAAUCUCAUAUCUUCUAAUAUGUGUUGUCUGAGCCUAAUUCAGCUUCGUUCUUUCUUUCUUUCUUUCUUUCUUUCUUUCUUUCUUCAUUGGCUUUCAUUGGCUUCCUCGAUGAAAAAGAGUCCACACAAAUGAAGUCAUUCCUUCGUGUUCUGCGCUGUAAAUAUCUCUUGUAUAGGAUGGUUAAAAUGCUCUUUGUAUUCAUAAGAAGAGAGUAGCUCUGUGUUUACAUAUGAAAUGAAUUGCAAUUAUUGAGACGGUGGAGGGGCUCGUGGUGCAGAACCAAUAUUGUAAUUUUAUCAUGAAACUUGAUGAAAUCAUCUAAAACAGCCAAUCAGAGCCCAGCGUCCUCCACCGAUGAGAAGGGCAUAUGAAUAUAGUUCGGCUUUACAAUGCUUGAAAAAUAUAAAAGCACAAUACUGAACAGAUUUAACUUAGAAGGUAUAUACACAUCUAUAUUUGUACUUUUGCUUGUCAUUACGGUUUUUUAUUAUUAUUUGUAUUCAUUUUUUUAUGGUAUAGUGCAUCUGUCAUAAUCAUUUACAAAUAUAUGUAAUCCUGAUGGACUUGCAUGUAAGACGUUUUCCACCAAGGUCUGCAGUUUUAAUUUGAUCAACAGUCACAGAGAUAAAAACUAUAUGUGUCAUGCUCACCAAGAAUAAGUUAAAAGCUUAAGAAAGUCAAAAUUUGCAUUGAUUUAAUAUGAUUUAAUCAAUCAUCUUAUAUCUCAACCCCUUUGAUUAUCAGUAAUAGCUAAAUAUUGAAUGAUCUUGCGAAAAAUUAUUCAUAACCAGGGAACUGUGGACUUGAAAGCAUGCCAGAAAUCAUAUUUAUCACUCAUGUUUAAUCAUGCAUCCCUGUACUGCAUGCAAUACCGGAACCAUAGCAUCAAAAUUAGCAAAAUUGCUGAAAAGAAAAGUUCAGAAGGAACUUGACAUAAAUGUGUGGUAUUUAACUAUAUGAGAGAAGAGAUAAAACAUAAUAUGAUCAUAAGUGUAGCAUCUCGACUGAAGGAUCAGGAAUGUGUGAAUGCAUUUAUUUACCAGCCUGUGGAUAAUUCAAUAGGUUAUUAAUAGUGAUUGUAUAUUCAUAAUGACGGUGAUUAUGUAACAAUUAAGUGUAACAACUUCUGCUGUUCAUUUAUUGUCACAAUUAUUUGCACAAGAUCGAUGCUAAAGACAUCAAAACAAUUCAUAUAUUCACUUAUAUUCAUACAUGCAGAAAUCAUUUUCUAAGUCCAUCUAAGCUGUAGAAGAUGGUGUACAUUGUUAAAGCAAAUGAGGAAAGCUGAAUGUGGGCAUUAGGGCUUAUUUUAAUAUAUUUCAAGAACAGUUUCUAGCUGUAAAUAUCGAUUAAGGUACUAAACAUCCAAUUAGAGAUGGAUGUUCAUGUAAAUACGAAAUACUUUCUAACAAUGUGUAAUGUAAUAUUUCUGAACUUUCUGGUUUGUACUUUACUGGUUAAUGCAAAGCAAUUCUAUGAAUAAUACUUGGUGACAAAUCAAUAAUAUAAAUAAUGUGAACUUUGUCACUUGCUCUCCUUAGUAAACAAAUAUUAUUUAUUUAUUUAUUUCGAGUGUUUUUUGUUGUUUGUUUGUUUGUUUGUUUAUUUUUUGUAUAUUCCUUUCUCUUUCUGAUGUUCUUCAUCUAAAACACACUGCCAAUCUAAAAAUCUGCAAUGGUAUCUACAUAUUUUUUCCUCUGUUUUAUUUUAUAAAUAUAUUUUCCAUCUCGGGUCCUAAAAUGACUAGAUGCCACAAUUAGGCCUUUUUAGCUUUAGUGUGUGUGGGAGACAGAGAUGCAGAAACGAUGGAAAGGUCUAUGAAUGUGUGUGAGCACUAGUUUCUGAGAGCUAGAGAGAAUGCAAACACUUGAUAAUUGCUUUGCUUUUUGUUGGUGCUUCUCGUUUUAUUUAUUAUUAUUAUUAUUUUUUAUUAAUGUUUUAUAUAUUUGUAAUACUCCAACAAUAGCAGAAAGUCAAUGAGAAACGAUGGCGUUACGACGGCAGACUGACGGUGUUUGCACAUGUUUACAGAUAAAGCCUUCGCUUCCGUUCAUAGUGAUAUCUCACAGCAUCCCAAAACAGCGAGCGCUCUCUGACACCAGACAGAGGGUCAGCAGAUGCACAUGGACUGACAGGAACAAUUCUUGUUAUAAUCUUCAAAAAUCUACGAACCCUCAAUAAAUACUGUAUAAAACUCCAAAA